AUGUCCGCCUCGGUGGGGCCCCGAGGAGGCGGCCCUCGCCCACCCACAAGCAGGCAGCCUUCGAUGCAGCCAGAUAUGCCGGACCUCAGCCACCUUACGGAAGAGGAGAGGAAAAUUAUCAUGGCUGUGAUAAGUCGGCAGAGGGAGGAAGAGGAGAAGGAGCAGCAAGCCCUGAUAAAAGAGGAAGCGCCUGUGCAAGUCAAACAAGUGAACCUGGUUGGGAAGGCCAAGCCACCUCAGCAAAAUGACAUCAGGUAACCUCAGCAGCCUCAGCAGCAGCAGCAGCAGCAGCAGCAGCAGCAGCAGCAGCAGCAGCAGCAGCAGCAGUCGUCGGGUGUGGCCAAGGACGACGCGCCCACCUGUGGCAUCUGCCACAAGACCAAGUUUGCCGACGGCUGCGGCAACGUGUGCUCCUACUGCCAGACCAAGUUCUGCGCCCGCUGCGGGGGUCGGGUCUCACUGCGUGCCAACAAUGAUGACAAAGUGGUCAUAUGGGUGUGCAACCAGUGUCGUAAGCAGCAGGACAUCCUCACCAAGUCAGGUGAAUGGCUGGGUCCCAAGCAGCUGGGCAGCGGCGGAGGCCUGGGCUCGGCGGUCAGCGACCCGGCCAUGGGUGGCAUCGGCGACCCGUCGGCGGGUGGCCAGAAGAAAGCACGCUCCCGCUCCCAAGCUCCCCUCGGCUCCAACAACGCUACUGCCCAGCAGCAGCCAGGGGGCGCCGUCACCUCCAGCGGUGCCCCAGCAGGGACUGGAGACAUGUCUUCUUCGGGACGCUCCCGCAGCGAACCGCCUCGGGAGAGGAAAAUCAGGCCGCUAUCAGCAGGGGAGCAGGACGACAAGACUGGUGGUCGCGGGGAGCGGAGGAGGGGGAACCUGGCCAAGAUCCACUCGCAGGGCUCGGAGGAGCGGGCGCCCGGGGAGCGGCGGGAGAGCAGGCGGCUGUCCAGGGGACGCUCGGCGGAGUACGAGGGCACGGGGGAGGGUGGGGGUCAAGGUCAGGGGCAGGGACAGCGGAGGACAGAGAGGCCUAAUAGGCCACUGAGCGGGGACUACCAUGGUGACCGUGGUGGUGGUGGUGGUGUCCCCCUCCGUCACCCCGGCCAACAAAGGGGUCCGGGCGGCCCCGAGCAGGCAGGGCCCGUGGGGGGCGGUGGCGGGCGGCCGUGGUCGGCGGAGUUUGUAGGACCGGGCCCUCUGCCGCACCCGCAACAUCCAUUUCAGCCACAGCAGCAGCAGCCGCUGCAGCAAAUGUUCGGCAUGGUGGGGGACAGGACCGUGGGGGGUACCGGGGUGCAGGCCCCCAAACAGAACCAAACCCAGGGGCCUCCGCAGCAUCAUCCAGGGGCCCAGCCUCCGCCACUGGGGCUCCACGCGGGGCCCCUGGCUGCCCCUACUGCCGGCCUGGUCCUCCAAGGAGGCCCCGGUUCCGUUCCAGGUCACCCCCCCGCCGCGGGUCUGGGCCUGGGACCCCCAUCAUCUGCGCUGGCGCCGGCGCCCGGAGCCGGGCCGGACCUCAGGGAGCCCUCGGAGUGGGGCAGAAAGCUGCAGCCCAGCCACCUGGAACACGGUUCAGGCACGCCGGGCUCAGCUUCGGGUUCGGGUUCGGGGCCGAUGGGGGGUCAGGGGGUCCCCUCGUCGCUGCUGCGCCGCAACAAGCGCCCCAAGGCCGAGAGCAUGCUGCGCAACGACUCGCUCAGCUCCGACCAAUCGGAGUCCCUGCGGCCGCCCCCGCCCCGCCCCUACAAGGGCAAGCGGGGCGGCAGCAACAAGCGGCAGAUGUCAGUCAGCAGCUCGGAGGAGGACGGCGGCUCCACGCCCGAGUACAGCAGCUGCGAAGACGUGGACAUCGAGAGCGUCAGCGAACGAGGAGAGCGAGGUGACUGGGAGUCAAGGGCCUCGGAGUCGUCAGUGUGGCAUCAUCCGGUGACAUGGCAGCCGUCCAAGGAGGGUGAUCAUUUGAUUGGCCGCAUCACUCUGACCAAGAGGACCACCAUGCCCAAAGAGGCCGGCGCGCUGCUGGGGUUAAAGGUGGUGGGAGGCAAGAUCACGGAGACAGGGCGGCUCGGGGCUUUUAUCACCAAAGUAAAGAAGGGGAGCCUGGCUGACGUGGUGGGCCAUCUACGCGCAGGUGAUGAGGUGCUUCAGUGGAAUGGAAAAGCGUUGCCCGGAGCAACUAACAAAGAAGUUUACAAUAUCAUCUUGAACUCACAGUCCGAUCCUCAAGUGGAGCUGAUUGUGUCCAGGCCCAUCGGUGACAUACCAAGAAUCCCAGAAACAUCCCAUCCUCCAUUAGAAUCUACAGGUUCAAGUUCCUUCGAGUCCCAAAACGUGGACCGGCCAGCCAUCUCCAUCUUAUCGCCAUCCAGCCCCGGAGGUGGACGGGACGCCCCCCAGACCCUGCCGGGACAACUCUCAGUAUGUCUUUUUUUUGUUAAAGAUAUUUUUGGGGGGCGUUUAGACGUGAAGAUGUGGUACGAUAAAGUUGGACACCAGCUGAUAGUCAACGUUCUCCAUGCCGUCGAUCUGCCAGCCAGGCUAGAUGGGCGGCCCAGAAACCCUUACGUCAAGAUGUACUUCUUACCCGAUCGCAGUGAUAAGAGUAAGCGGAGAACGAAAACGGUGAAGAAGAGUCUGGAGCCCAAGUGGAACCAGACCUUUGUCUACUCCCACGUGCACCGCCGGGACUUCCGGGAACGCAUGCUGGAGAUCACCGUAUGGGACCAACCCAGGAUACAGGAGGAGGAGAGCGACUUCAUGGGAGAGAUUCUGAUUGAGCUGGAGACUGCCCCGCUGGACGACAAGCCCCAUUGGUACAAGCUGCAGUCCCACGACCUGUCCUCCAUCCCCCUGCCCAACCCUUCGCCAUACCUGCCCCGAAGACACCCGCACCCAGACACGCCCGCCAAGAGGCUGCAGCUACAACGAUCUCAGCGCAUCACUGAAACUGAUUAUGAUGAUGGUAUUGGCGUGGUGGCCACAGGUGGAGAGAGGGAGAGGGAGAGGGAGAGGGAGAUGGACAGGGGACGGAAGAGGGACAGGUCUGCCAACCUGGAGGUGCCCGACGCCUCUCGCUCGCCACACCAUCGCUCGCGCUCCGUGUCCCCUCACAGGGACGAGAAGAGCAGAGGACGCUCGCGGCCUGCCAACGUGCCAGCGCAGAGGAGCUUGGAUGAAAGUCAUCACACCCGCCGAUCGCGAUCCCCGGCUCGUUACCAAGACUACGGUCGUGGUCACGGAGACAGAGACUACUCAGACGACAGUGAGGUCGUCAUGAUGCACGUCUCCAUGCGUGGUAGAAGCGCUGAGUGUCUGCACACCGCCAGGAGUUCGUCUAAGUACAGUAGCCCUUUGCCGCCUAGGAUGCCUCUGUUAGCCAAUGGCGUGCAUAAGGAGGUGUACAGCGAUCUGCAGCCGUGUCUUAACAGGGUUAGGAGCGCUAGUGCCAACUGUCUGAGGCCAGACUCUAGGUCCCUUUCGCCCGAGAGAGAAAGGACCACCCGCUCUCUGCCCCGCACCAGACCCUCCAGCCCCAGGAUCCUUAUCCAGCACGCCUCCCCAGAGGACGACAGCUGGAUGCUGGAGCCACUGUUCCCCACUCAGGAGACCCGUAACCACCUGAGUGCCAGGCCGGUCUUCCGGAGUUUGCCCGUUCGCCCACCCCCCACCAUCACCGGUGUGUUCAGGCACCCAAGACCUCUGGAUAAGCCGAAGUUCUCUGACAGUGACAGGACGCAUUCGCACGGUGGCUCCGCCUACACGUCAUCAUCCUCUGGGGCGGCCAUGGGCACGCGCAGGGUCCGGCAGCUACCACAGGUCCCCGCUAAGAGCAGUAGCAUAGAGCAAGCCCUGGCAGCAGAAGAGCGAGCACAAGCAAUGAAGGUGUACCCCUACAGGGCUCCCUGCAGUUCCAGCCGCGAGCCAGAGAGGGCGCAGAAAAGCAAACAAGAGGUGAACUAUCUCUCUCUGCAGCUUUACAAGGAUCUGCGGCAGAGCUGUGACAAUGUAUCCCACAAGUCCUCGGACAGUGAUGUCAGCGACGUGUCCGUCAUGUCUCGAGCCAGCAGUGCCUCUCGGAUCAGUAGCACCAGCUACAUGUCCAUCCAGUCAGAACGGCCCCGUGGGAGGCUGAGUCGGCAGGUGCGUCCCACCAGCAUGCUGAAGAGCACCAGCGUGAGCGGCGAGAUCUACUCCAUGGAGCGCACCGACGGCAGCCAAUCGGAUACAGCGCUGGGCGGCGGGGGCGGGAAGAAGCGUCGCUCCAGCCUGAGCGCCCGCAUGGUGGCCAUCCUGCCCUCCCGACGCAGCAGUAGCACCUCCCAGCUCAGCCAGACAGGCAAGUCAAUUAUUGCCCAGGCCAAGCAGGCCAAGCCGCCCAAGGGGGGCCCAAGCCAGGGGGGCAUCCAGCGCAGCACGGAGACGGGCAUGGCCGUGGAGUACCCCCGCAACGCAGGCAUGGCACGCCAGCCCAGCCGCGAGUCCACCGACGGCAGCAUGAACAGCUACAGCUCCGAGGGGAAUCUGCUUGGAUUCUCAGGGAUGAGUCAGUUCAGUGACUUCCUGGAUGGCAUUGGCCCCGCCCAGCUGGUGGGGAGACAGACCCUGGCCACCCCUGCCAUGGGAGACAUCCAGAUUGGCCUGAUGGAUAAGAAAGGUCAGCUGGAGGUGGAGGUGAUUAGGGCUCGUGGCCUUACACCCAAACCAGGAUCCAAAAAUCUCCCAGCUCCCUAUGUUAAGGUCUACUUACUGGAUAAGGGGGUGUGUAAAGCCAAAAAGAAAACCAAGAUUGCACGAAAAACACUCGAACCGUUAUACCAGCAAGCGCUGCUUUUCGAAGAGAGCCCACAGGGUAAAGUUCUCCAGGUCAUCGUCUGGGGAGACUAUGGGCGAAUGGACCACAAAUGCUUUAUGGGAGUUGCACAGAUCCUAUUGGAGGAUCUGGACCUUUCAAGCACAGUGAUUGGCUGGUACAAACUUUUUCCUCCGUCCUCACUGGUGGACACUACGUCAGCUCCACGGGCUUCCCAAACAUCCCUCAAUAGUUCUACGCCGGGCGUACGGUCCUAGUGAAGGGGAAGACAUGCACCUCCUCCACCUCCUCCUCCCUCCACCUCCCUCCAAGGAUCACCUAAGCGGACCAAGGACACACAUCACCCGUGGCAACAAUCAGAAGCCGUUAGAGACAGACAGACAGAACAGACAGAACAGACCGGACCUGAGUCACGAUCAAAGCUUUUGCUGGAGCCUGACAAUCAC